AUGAACCUCACCGAUGAAAGCGCGGACCACCGUGAAGUUAACUGUUUUACUUGGUUUAGGUCGGCGCCGAGCACUGAUCGUGACGUCACGUCGAGCAGAAGACCAUCCAAGUUCAACCCUACAGGCCGGUCACAUGACUGGGUGCCCCACUUCUCUGGGUUCAAGCUGCCACUCGCCUUUGACAAGAGUAAGCCCUUAAACCCCAAACCCUCAAAGAGUAAGCCCUUAAACCCCAAACCCUCAAAGAGUAAGCCCUUAAACCCCAAACCCUCAAAGAGUAAGCCCUUAAACCCUAAACCCUCAAAGAGUAAGCCCUUAAACCCCAAACCCUUAAGAAGUAAGCCCUUAAACCCCAAACCCUCAAAGAGUAAGCCCUUAAACCCCAAACCCUCAAAGAAUAAGCCAUUAAACCCCAAACCCUCAAAGAGUAAGCCCUUAAACCCCAAACCCUCAAAGAGUAAGCCCUUAAACCCCAAACCCUCAAGCAACAAAAACAGCUGCCACAACCAAAUGGAACCUACAACAUUUUCCUAA